UAAAACAUCCGGAUGUGGCCUUCAGGUUGUUAGUUUUCUUCACGUUGGUCAAUUGUCACUCAUAGAGGUAGAGAACGUAUUUCUAUUUUUUUUUUUUUUUUAUAUAUUUACAAUUUCUUAAUUGAAAGAUUAUUAUUGUCCAAGCCGUCUUUGUUUUGUCUAUUUGGGGGCCACGCGGCCGAGAGCCUCUCAAUCGAAGUCAGAUUUGGAGAAGAUGGCUGACUCUGAUUCCGAGUACACGGACUGUGACGAUGACUCUGACAUUCAGAUUAUGCACUUUAUGGGGGAUUACCAGUCUGCCAGUUACUCAAACCCCUGUACUCCAGCGUGGAUUUCUGCGACAUGGAACUCCCUCCCGGCGUACCUGAAGAAGGAUGCGGCACAUCUGAUGAGGCUCAGCGUCUUUUGGCUACAACUUCUGCUGCUGAACGACGGCACCAGCAACAUCGUCCAGUGGGCUAAACGCCAUGGCUGUGACCCCACCGACCUGAGUAUUGGGACCCUCCGGAAGAUCGAAAUACUGGAAGCCAUUCUCCUAGCUUUGGAGUCAGGAACUUGUAAUGACGAGCAGACUCACGAUCUCAUCAUGAUUAGUGCCAUGUUUAGAAAUCCCGCAGAGUCAAGGGCUCACGAUGCGGCCCUUCGAUGGUUGACGAAGAUAGCAGCACCUGAGCUCAAGUCUCACGUCAUGUCACAGACAACCUUGUUGCUGAGUUACUCGUCCUUGCGCGUCAUCUUCAGAGAUUAUGCAAAUUUCAUCCUCAAAAUGGCAAAAUAUACGGACCUGACCAUGGAGAUGCUAAGAAGUAGGACUCCCGGCUGCCAAAUUGAGGCCAGUAAUCACCUCAAGAACAAAGGCAAUGAACUGUUUCAGAAGCAGAAGUAUGAAGAUGCCGUGCACAUUUAUUCCAAAGCCAUCAAACACUACCCUGAAAACCACGUCAUCUUUGGCAACCGGGCGCUUUGUUACAUCCGCUGUAAGAAAUAUAUAGAAGCUGCUUUUGAUGGAAAACGAGCCAUUCUGCUAGAACCUCUCUGGGUGAAGGGUCACUACCGCUACUGCGAGGCUCUGUUCCUGUUGGGCGAGGAGAAAAAGGCUAUGGUGGCUAACAGUUCAGCUCAAAAUCUGUGCAAGAACAACCCUGAAGGAGUCCAAGAACUAACGCAGCAGCAUAAGAAGUUUGUGGGCGCGAUGAUUGGCAACAAAAGCAACAAAGUGGGGCCACCAGAGAAAGGUAAAGGUUCAAGUAACGCAGACGCCAACAAGAAAUUUGUUGCAGAGCAGCAGCAUUUGCUGAAAGCAAAAGGAGGCAGUAGUAAUAAGAGCAAGGUAGUGCCAGGUGCAGCCUCGCCGUGUAAGGCAGCAGAAUGUAAAACGAAGAAGGAAAACCAACAAGUCAAGGAAAAGGCGGUCCCACCAGUGCCAGCCAGCAUCACUAAAGAGCCGGGCACACCAAAAAAGACAAGGCCCAAACCGGCCGCCGCCGUUAAACCGCCAAGCACGCCAAAAAAGACGAUGGCCCCCCUAGGCGCCUCCACUACUAAACAGCCCAAUACUCUCAAGAAGAAAGACCAGGGCCCGGAGAAUCAUGCCGAACAACAGCCGAAGCAGCCAGUGGCCAUUAACAAAGCCGCCGUGUGCAAAGAGUUGCGAUCUCUUGUGCACGACGCCCACACGGCCUUGAGCAACCUGUGCAGCUACAACGCCGAGAUGGCCUUCAGCCAAGCGCUGGCCCUGCUGGACACCGUAUCACACAAGGACAUGGGACUUUCAACAUUAGAUGUGCAGUUGUUGCUUUACGGCCGUGUGUCCGCCCUGACUGACAUCGGCAAGCCUGAGGAAAUAGCAGAAGCACAGCGACUCUUGGAGAAGAUCAAAACUUACGAGGAAAGGAUUUUUCAGUGUUUGGUUUGCUACGCCCGUGGCAGGCUUUAUCUUAAAGAGAACAGGUUUGCUGUUGCUCAGAAACACUUUGAGGAUUCAUUGCAGAUGGUGAAGAAUCGUAUAACGCCGGGUAUUCUCACCUGGCCGCUAAGCAAAGAGAUUGUAAAAGAAACCCAGCUCAACUAUUUUAAAAAACUUCUGGAGGAUUCUAUAGCUUUAUGCAAAUUUCCCCCUAUUCCCGAUGCCACUUGUCGACUUGGGAAAUGCAUGAGCUCCUCCAAAAACAUUUACUUCACUGACCCGGAUUUUAAAGGCUUCAUUCAGAUAAAGUGCAGCCAGCAGUGCCUGAUUGAAUACCAUACUGCUUGCUGGAAAACACUCAAGACCUCGUUGUCCUUUGAAAAGAACGAAAAGGAUUUUUUGGAACAACCUUGUCGGACUCCAGAUUGUUUUGGUCAAGUCUGUAGUAUCAAAAUUGUAGACCCGACAGGCCUGGUGAAAUGUAAGUUUGAAAGAGACAUCCCAAAGCCACAGACGCAGAAGAAGCCAAAAGUCGAUCAGAAGUGUUCUAUUAGAGUGAAAAAGUCCAAGGAGGAGAGUCAACUGAAGACUAAGAAUAUUAAUAAUAAUAAGCAGUUGUGUGACGAGAAAGUGACUAUUAGUGAAGAUAUUCUUCCGGCCAAAGAUAACAACUCUGUACUACAAAGCCAGCAGAAAGCCUGGUUGCUUUACGGGGAUCGAAUCCUCGUUCAGGUCUGCCAGAUGAUGCGGUUGCUCCGCCAGGAAAAAGGCCUCUCCGUGUCGACUCUGAGCACCUAUCUAAGGCCCUGGCUGGAGCUGGACUCGGCGCGAGGGAACCAGCUAGCCACGAAGAUGCUGAACUGGGAAGAGGAGCAGCUGGAGACGCUGGAUCAGGCUGUGGAGCUGCUGCUGGAGAGGAAGAAUCGUGUUUGGGCUCGCGUCUUCAUCGAGCUGCUUUCCAAGUCUUUCGAUAUCAGCGUGGAGCUCAGUCAGUGGGCGAGCCGUCUCAACGAUGCAGAUCUGAACGCUGCAAAGUCUUUCAUUAAGCGAAACGCCCACCAAAUGGAAGAUUGGGACGUGACUGUCCUGUUGACGUUUGCUCCUCUGCGGGAGACGAUUUCUGAAAGCGCGGUCACCAGCCAAGAGUUUAUUGCAAAGAACGGCCUCAGUAAAUACUUGGGAUGGGCUGCGCCGCAUGAGAUGAGACUCUUUAUCUGGACUCUGGCGGAGCUUAAGGACCGUGUCACAUGUAACCUUUUACUGAAUGAAUAUUUUGAUAUGAUUGAUGGACAUUAUUCAGUUCUAAAAAAGUCCGAUCAAAAUAGUUAUCCUGUCAGUGUUAAGAAUCCAGGCCGGAAGAGAAAGAAAGGGCUAAACAGUCUUCCUGUUUGGCGGCAGAGUUUUGCACCCAUAGACCAUGGCGACCAAGAAAAUCCCAUAUAUUACCUCCAACCCAGUGACCCGUUCAGAAUUCCCAGCCACCUCCAAGCGGAGGUGGCCGAGUUUGAGGACCAGUAUAACGGCCCCAGACACAAGACGGACCUAAAAAAGCUUUUGGACAACAACCCCGAUCCCACGGAGGAGAAUAUGUAUGACUACUUUGCACAAAUUUUGGAAGGACACGGCCCCCUGCUCCCAGACAGCCCCCUGCUGAUCGACGAGAUGGAAAACUUCCCGCCGAUGGCUCACGCCAAAAUUGACAAGGCGGGCGGUUUUGAGGCCUUCCUUUUGGAGUCUCUUCGCUUCAUAAAGAUAGGGAUGCGUGUCGGCCUGGCCAAGCAUGCGGUCAGCCUGCAGCAGCAGCAGCACCCCCUGGAGGCCCCUUAUAUAAUCUCAUCGCCACAGACUGAGGAGCCACAUCCUUAUAGCGUUGACCCUUAUCCUUCACCCACUAAUCAUUUACCUGUUGGGACAGACGACCUCUUGCGCCCUGUCAGUAGAGGCCAGGUCAGUUAUUGGGACGACCCAAAGUUCUCCCUUGACGACUUCGACUGGAUGGAGCUUCAUGCUGCUGAGAAGGAGGAUGCUUGGGAAACCCAUUCCUAUUCAAGUGAAUCAAAUGCAACCCCCACUGAAGAAAUCGUGGCAGUGAAACAUUCGGAAACACAGACAUGUCCGGUCAUCAAUGACCGCGUGGCGAUAAACACGGAGCCUUUGAAACGUUACGAGAGUUUCCACGGUGACGUCAACAAAAAGGCCAAAUGUAUUAACGAAAUGAAGGAGAAGAUGAAUAAAAUGGCAAACGACCGUGAAGAAGUGGAGCAGAAGCACAAUGAGGGCCUGGAAUCCUUGCAAAGAGAGAUCCAGGAGAUCACUGUCAAUAUUCAAGUUACGGACAAAGAGUUGACCCUGUUCCAGCAGAAGCUUGAAGAGGAGAUCAAGAAGGACCAGAAGGAGAAGAAGGCCAACCAGGAGGUGCUGAAGGCCCUCAAACUGGAGACCGAACAGCUGGUGGAGGAACAAGCCAGUCUAACCAAAACCAUCAAACAGAAGAAGGCCAGCUUUAAGGAGGAACUGGACACAUUCUUGGAACUGAGCAAUCAGUCGGCAGCAGAGAAGGUGAGCCUGGAGGACGAGGUCAAGCGCUGCAAAGCCACUGUUGCCAUAGCGACCAAGCGGUACCGUACUGCUCAGUUGUGCAUCUUGGAGAGCAAUCGGGAUCAGCGUCUGCACAGCCUCCACCGUCAGCUGGCGGAAGCCAAGGCGCUGCUGGGCAAGCUGGAUGAAAAUGUGCAGCGGUUUCCAUCGCUGGAAACGAACAGACAAACCUGGAGAACCAACGUGCAAGACCUGGAAAAGAAAAUCGCUACAGUUGAGACGCAGUACAAGGAGCAAACGGAGCAAGUCAAAAGUGGCAAAAGGGCCAAAGACGUGCUUUCGAACAGUGGUCAGCCUGAACCUCAGGUCUCCAUGCUUUCUACCGACAUGGCUGCCCUGAGCACGGCCUCCGCCGAGACUCGCAACCCGACCAAACCCGCGACGCCUGCGAGCAACACAGUGUUUGACAAGGCCAUGGAGCGCCUGGCCACCGUUUUCCCCAACUACACCAGGUCGGACUUCAUGAGGUUUUUUAAGGACCUGCGUUCAUCCAAUGGUGGCAGUCUUAACGGCAUGGGCUGGCAGGAGGUGGUCAGCGGUGUGGGCCAGUUGAUCCUCAAACACCAGGAGGUGCUCAAAUCCGGUGCUGCAUCUAAGACAACAGAGCUAGAAGGUGCUCAGGGGGACUCCAACACCUCAGUCUGGAAGCGGUUUCAGCCCCAAAACCCACAGGACACCACUGUGUUGAACUUGGAGGACCCUUGUGUCAUCUGUCAGGAAGACAUCCACCCAGCGGACCACUGUGUUCUGGAGUGCAGACACGGCUUUCAUAAGAAGUGCAUCAUGCUGUGGCUGAAGGAGACGAGCAACUGUCCCACCUGCAGGAAGCACACUUUGAUGAGCGACUUCCCUCUGCUGGUUGGUAGGAGACGGCAAGCCCCGUGAUGUCAUUAUCUUUUCUUUUUUUUUUCCCCUUGUUGUACUGUUUAACUUUCAAGGCCAACUUUUAUGUAAUUGAAAUACCAAUUCAUGACUAAUAAAAGCCAGGUUAAGGUA